AUGGAGGAGCUGAGCGCGGCGCUGGCGGCGGGCGUGGGGCUGGUCGGGCCCUGCGGCACGGCCGCGCCGCACCCGCGGCUGGCCGCGUACAAACCCCGCGGUAGCCACGGGCAGGCCGACCGCCGGCAGCGGCUCCUCCGCAUCCAGAGAGAGAGGCGGCUGGACUACGUGAACCAUGCCAGGAGGCUGGCGGAGGACGACUGGGCCGGGGUGGAGAGCGAGGACGAAGAGAGGGAAGGGGAAGAUGCGGAGGAAGAGGCGAUGGAUGUGGAUGCUGGCAAAAAGCUGCCCAAGCGCUACGCCAACCAGCUGAUGCUGUCAGAGUGGCUGGUGGAUGUCCCCUCAGAUCUGGAGCAGGAGUGGGUUGUGGUGGUGUGUCCCGUGGGGAAAAGAGCUCUUGUUGUGGCCUCCAGGGGCACAACAGCAGCUUACACCAAGAGUGGCUUCUGUGUCAACAGGUUCCCAUCCCUGCUGCCGGGUGGGAACCGGCACAACUCAACUGGUGACAAAGUGUACAGCAUCCUGGACUGCAUCUACAACGAGGCCAAGCAGACCUACUAUAUCCUGGACGUGAUGUGCUGGAGAGGACACCCUGUUUAUGACUGCCAGACUGACUUCAGAUUCUUCUGGCUCUCCUCAAAAAUCCAAGAGGAGGAAGGGCUGGGAGAGAAAAGCAGGAUUAAUCCAUACAAAUUUGUGGGCCUGCAGAACUUCCCCUGUUCCGCGGACAGCCUGUGUGAGCUACUGGCUACAGACUUUCCCUUUGAGGUCGACGGGCUGCUCUUCUACCACAAGCAAACCCACUACACCCCUGGCAGCACCCCGCUCGUGGGCUGGCUCCGGCCCUACAUGGUCCCCGAGAUCCUGGGGCUCGCCGUGCCCACCACAGCGCUCACGGCCAAGCCGGACUACGCCGGGCGGCAGCUCCAGCAGAUCAUCGAGAGCAAGAGGAGUAAAAGGCUGGUGGAGGAAAAGGGGCGCCCCGGAGGGCAGGAGGCCGCAAGGAACGGACACUACGAGCUGGAACACUUGUCCACCCCACAGCCAGAAAAGUCUCCGGAGGGCCGAGGUGGAGCAGUGAGCCAGAUGGAGAGCUGAGCUGCUGGGAUGGAGAGGCCAGCUGGGCAGGGAGCAGAGAAAAGGCUCCCUGCUUCUCACUGUGCCUCGUGCUCCUGCGAGGGGGCAGAGGAAUGAUGAUAGGAUGGCUUUGUUUAAAGGGCAUGACAGUGGAGUAUCUUGCCCCAGGUGCUGCUGGAUUUUUUGUUUGUUUUGUUUUGUUUUGUUUUGUUGUUUAUUUGUUAUUAUGACUUUUUUUUUUGUCAGGACUUCUGUGAGGCAUUAACAGGAUUGUCUGGUUCUGUCUGGUUAAAGCAGUCAUGUGUUGGGAAAUGAUCUGUCCCCAUAGUGCAGGGAUGCAGUUCAGCUCCUGACCCUGCUUCUGGUAGAGUCUUGGCAAAACUCCAGCAUAGAAACAGUGCUUGGACCUCUGAGGUGCAGCCGCUGCUUGUGACCCUUGCAGCAGCCCCACCUUCCCAAGCCCUGGAUAUCGGGGCUUGUCAACCUUUGAUCCAGCUGUUUUCUGAGGCUUUUUCAAUGAAAGUUGUUACAAGAAGUUUGCAGUGAGCUGCUGUAAAUUCCAAGGCUGGAUUUUACACGCCCACGUGUUCUUGGGAAAAUCUAAAUUUCCUUGCGUUGCAGCAGGACCUGCCUCGGAACAGGGCUUUGUGCAGCACAAGCACAGCAGAAACCUCUCUCUCCUCGAGGCUUUUCUCAGGGGGGGGAGGAAGGAAUGGGUUCGCUCUGAAAAACGCUACCAUUGAUCGUGCCAAAUAAAAGGUUUCUCAGAAAGACAAAUCCUUGAGCGUCUUCCUGCUACCUAAGGGUGGAUGCGUGCUGUGCCUCCCAAACAGGGAUGGAAAAAUUGGUUCCAGUGCCGACUGGAGCAGAGAAGAUGCCUGUGUGGGUUUAAUUCUCUGCACAUCGAGGUACUUCAGUCUCUUGUCCUGUCUUUCUCAUCCCAGCCCAAUCCCACUUUUUAAGCACUGGCUGCUCCCCCUCCCUGGUUUUAGGGGCAUGAAAUUAUAUUCUCGCUGUCCCCAGGUUGGUUUCCAGAGGGGGAUGAAAAGGAGGGAUGGAACACCAAGUUCAAGGCAGCGUUGGGGACUCUUCUCCCAGCUCUCUAUGGAAAUGCCCCUGGAGGAGAUAGAGUGGGGAUGGCCACCUGCAGAUAGUGGGUGCACUUGUAUCCUGCCUUUGCACCCCCCGUUUUUCCCAGAAAAAGCCUGGUUUCUGUGCCAAGCGUGUGGGCUGUGUGCGACCAUCUGGCCGUGCAGCCGCUAUUGAUGAUACCAGCGGGCAGCAGGAACUGGCCUGGCUGUGGGAGGGGGCUCCCCUCUGCUCCCCUUCCCUGGCAGGGAAGUGGCACCCUGGCCCCGCAGCAUUCAGAGCUGUUGUCUUUCAAACAGCUGCUUAAUUUAUUGUUUUCGGGGUUGUCUUUUUUGGGGUUUUUUUUUGGUUUGUUUUUUGGGUUGGUGGGGGUUUUUUUUGUUGUUGUUGUUUGUUUUUUGGUUUGUUUUCACAUGUGAAGCAGCUGGCCCAGGGAAAGAGGAUGAGCACCUGGACUGCUUUAACCUCCCCCUCCUUCAAGGGCUCCCACCUUCAGCCUCCCUGGUUGGCAGAGAGCUGCGGGGAGAGAGCUGAGGAGGAGACCGCAUCCAGCCUCCUGACAGCACAGUUUUCUUUCCAUCAGGCAAUUAAACCCGGAGGUGGGCAUCUGGAUGGAAGAUUUGUGCAUCCCUUAGGGCAGAGAAAGCUGCAGCUCAGGUUACUGCCCUCCAGCAGACUUCCAAGGUCCUCCAGCGAGGGAAGGAGAGGAAAUACAGCCGAAGAGGGGCUGUGUGCGCUGAUGGAGGAGAGCGAGAGGGAAGCGACUGCAGCUUCCCGCCGGCUCCAGAUGAUGCCUCAUAGUUUCCCUUUUAAAAGCAUGAGCUGGGCUGCAGAA